CAGAAGUAGCAAUCGCUACUAUCAUUGGACAACCAUUAAAUAACCUGCCAUCAAUUGAUUCAAUUUCCAAAGCUGCUGCUCAAUACGUUGGAAUGUUCGCUUUUUUAAUGUUUAUACCAAAGAUUAUUAGCAAUGAGAUUAAAAAUGGAUCGACAACAAGUUUUAAUUUAUUAGACUUAUUGUUGGUUAUUAAUUCAUUCAAUGAUUCUGAAGAAUAUAUUGAGGGCGAACAACCUAUGAAUGAUGAAGAAAUUGAAGCUAAUCUUGCGGAAGUCACUGCUACUUCUAUUGAGACGACCACCUCUGCCCUUUGUUUUCCCGUCUAUAAUGUUACUAAAAAUCCUUUAACUCUUGAAAAACUUCGUGCAGAAAUCUUUAAAGUAUUUGGCUCAGAUACAACCUUAACAAUUACCUUCGAAGCUCUUGAAAGUUGUCGCUAUUUAGAUGCUUUGAUCAAAGAAAUGUUACGUCAUUCGAAUCCGGGUCCAUUUACUUUACGUGUGCUUGACGGUUAUGAAAAUGUAGGUGAUUAUCAUUGGUCACCUGGAACAUGGUUCUUUGUUGAUAAUCACCGAAUAAUGAAUAAUCCUAUAUAUUGGAAUGAACCAAUGAAAUUUCGAUUUCUCAUUGAAGAACAUGGAGGCACUG